AUGAACCAGGUCCGCAUUCCUUCGGCUCCGCCAAGUACGGAAGGCGACAAUGGCCAUCUCGAGACGGCUGUCACAGAGAAAGAUGCCACGCCAUGGACCUCAGUAGCCUUGCUAGGCUCGCCCUUCCAAUCUCCAAAACCAUUGCCUACGUUGGAGGCACCACCGGAACCCGGAGCAUGGGAACGAUGGCGGCCUGUGCCUUCGCAUGCUUGGGCUGACCCGCGAUCUGGGCCGAGCGUCCCUGCGUCCUCUGCCGACCUACCCUUGCCUGUUCGAGCUGGCGUUCGGCAGGCACGUGGUCCACCCCCGCCACCAGUACCCCCUGCUCCUGCACCACCAGCACCCAUUCCGCCCGUGCCAGCGCCAGUGCCGCGGGCGCCGGCACCGACACAUGCCCCAGCAUCCACCAAUCCCUCUGCGCCGUGUGCGAGCGGCAGUGCAGGCACGCUGUUUAGCAUAUUUGUGGGCGGCCUGGAUCCUCUCGUGACCGAAGAGGACUUGAUGGAGCACUUUUCACAUCCAUCUCCUUGGCCAGACGACCAUCCCAUGUACCGUAUGUAUGCGCACAUUCGCCAGGCGACUGGGCCCACCUGGCAAAUCCCUACACAGCCUGCGGCGUUCCAAGUGCAUUCUUGCAAGAUUAUUCGCGAUAGCACGUCGCAGACGCCCCGCGUAUUUGGGUUUGUACGACUGUCUAGCCAAACGGAAUGCGAUCGUGCGUUGAUCGAGAUGCAGCGGACAUGCUUGGUACCUCGUCGUGCACCGCAUAUGACCCUGCGCCUGUACCUUGGCACGGCCUCUGCACCACGGUUUGAUGUGGAAGAAAUGCCGAAAAAGACCUCGCGUCGCUUUGCAUCGACGCCAGACAUGCAAAAAAGUACUGCAGCGGCGCCGGAGCCUCAUGGUCGCCGUACAAGCGGCAGCACUGCGCCUGGCCGACACAGUGCACCAGCGACGACCACAGCACCGACGUCCAGUGUAGCACGCGAGGCACUAGCAAAGGGGUCCCCGCAAGUGCCAGCGACCACGGAGGGCGCGCCCACCGUGCUGACAUUUGUGUCGGACGCCAAAGGCGAGGGCAACGCGAAGGAACAGCCGCACUUGGCCUCCGCGUUAAAGUUGGCGCAUACCUCCAGCGCACUGGAUCCGAACAAUACCACGGUAUUUGUCGGCAGUUUGUUUUCCAUGGCUACCGAGAGUACAUUGCAGUCCCUCUUUUCCCGGUUUGGCCCUAUCCAGUCCAUCAACAUUCCACGUGGACAAGAUUGCGGCUUUGUCCAGUUUGCACGGAAGCAAGAUGCAGCACGAGCUAUUGCCGAGAUGCAAGGGUAUCAAGUCGCUGGCGGAGCUUUGCGUCUCAGCUGGGGUCGCAGCAUUGGCGAAAAAGCCGCGGCUCGGGCGGCUGUGCGUGCGGGUUUGCGCUGGGUCGAAGAUGCGACGACCCCGCGUCCUGCGUCGAGUUCGUAG